AGAAAUGUAAAGGCAUUUUCCAGAAUCAAAAUCCAGUGUGAAGAAUCAAGUCGACAGAGUCGCAAUAUGGAAAGCUCAAGCCACAGCCAGCAGAACCAGUGGAGCUGCUCGAGCUCAGAGUCAGAGUUUUACAGCGUUUCCUCUCCAGACACCGUCUCGCCGGAUCCAUCCAUGGACCGGGGCUUCUCCCCGUCCCACCGGGCCCAGCCUGCAUGCUCAAAAUCAGUCAAACCUGCAGGUGUCGUCAAGAAGAAACGCAGAUUAAGGCUGAAGAACCCGAGCGAGCAACGGCAGAAUGCCAGUGAGAAGGAGAAGCUGAGGAUGAGGGAUCUUACCAAAGCUCUCCACCAUCUCAGGACCUACCUGCCUCCGUCCAUAGCUCCCGUAGGCCAAACCCUGACCAAGAUCGAGACGCUCCGGCUCACCAUACGCUACAUCUCGUUUCUGUCUGCUCAGCUGGGUCUCAGUGAAGAAGAGCUGAACCACAGGAACUCCAGCGGCUGCUCCUAUUCUCCAGAGAUCGUUGGUUAUUUUCAGUAUAGGUCUAUGGCUGGAGAUUGGGUUGAGCAAGGACAGGGUCACUAUGAUGGACAGUAUGAGGGUUGCUCUGGUCAUGCAGGGCACUCUGAUGAGAUCAACAUGGCUCAGUAUGGUGGUUCCUCACAGCAGCAUUCAACAGAGCAAAACUUCUCUGCAAAUGUAGAUGGCUUCCUCCAGUCACAACAGUGUGCUCAAACAUCACAGACAUGCCAGGUGUAUGGCAGAAACUUUGGCUAUCAUCUUGUUCCUCAAGCUUACUGGAGCUGA